UCCAGGAAACCCCGGCCCCCCCGGCCCCCCCGGCCCUCCCGGCACCGGCAUCGACAUGUCGGCGUUCGCGGGGCUGGGCCAGCCCGAGAAGGGCCCCGACCCCAUCCGGUACAUGAGGGCGGACGAGGCCGCCGGCAGCCUGAGGCAGCACGACGUGGAGGUGGACGCCACGCUCAAGUCCCUCAACAACCAGAUCGAGAGCAUCCGCAGCCCCGAGGGCUCCAAGAAGAACCCGGCCAGGACCUGCCGCGACAUCAAGCUCUGCCACCCCGAGUGGAAGAGCGGGGACUAUUGGAUCGACCCCAACCAGGGCUGCACCUUGGACGCCAUCAAGGUCUUCUGCAACAUGGAGACGGGCGAGACCUGCGUGUACCCCAACCCCGGCAGCAUCCCCAGGAAGAACUGGUGGACCAGCAAGGCCAAGGAGAAGAAGCACGUCUGGUUUGGGGAGACCAUCAAUGGCGGUUUCCACUUCAGCUACGGUGACGAAGACCUGGCCCCCAACACGGCCAACAUCCAGAUGACCUUCCUGCGCCUCCUGUCCACCGAGGGCUCCCAGAACGUCACCUACCACUGCAAGAACAGCGUGGCCUACCUGGACGAGGACACGGGCAACCUGAAGAAAGCCCUGCUCAUCCAGGGCUCCAACGACGUGGAGAUCCGCGCCGAGGGCAACAGCAGGUUCACCUACAGCGUCCUGGAGGACGGAUGCACGAAACACACCGGCAAGUGGGGCAAGACGGUGAUCGAGUACCGGUCGCAGAAGACCUCGCGCCUGCCCAUCGUGGACAUUGCACCUUUGGACAUUGGUGGAGCCGAGCAGGAGUUCGGCGUAGACAUUGGCCCAGUCUGCUUCUUGUAAAGGAACAAAAAAAAGCAAAAAAACAAAACAAAAAAACCCAACCACACACACACACACAAAAAAUAAGGAUGGUUUUAUCGGUGCGUUCGGUCGGUCGUCGUUCGUCGUGGUGUUUCGUUCCGGGGUUGUUUUUCUUUGUUGGGGGAGGGAGGGGGUUGUGUUUUGUUGUUUUGGUUGGUUUGUUCUUUUUUUUUAUAAAAACCCAGCUGUAAAAAAAAAAAAAAGAAACAAAAAAAAAGAAGAGCCAGCAAACUGAAACACAACCCCCCACCAAAGGAACCCGAGGAACUUCUCAAUCUUCUCUUUCUUUCUCUUUCUCUCUCUCUCUUUCUCGUACGACUCCCGCCCUGCACGGCUGCGACGACCCCCCCCUCUCGACUCCCGCCCACCUCGUGCCGAGGCCGUCGGGGCAGGCUGCGAAAUCGAACCAGUAUUUAUUUAUUCUCUCCCUGUUAAGACCUAUUUUCGUGUCGAAGGUCGGGUGGAGGUGGGAACAUAACGGGCCCCUUCCCUGCCGAAGGGACGUCGCCAAGUCCAGGUAAUCACGAAUCCCCUCCCGUGUCCCCCCUCCUUUUCCCCUCCGUGUAUCACCAGAAUUCUACGUGAAUGACACAAAAGGAAAAAAAAAACACAAACAAACACAAAAAAAUGGUGCUAUUCUUGUGUAAAACAAGUCUGUAUUUUUUUUUGACAUCGGUUGA